GAAUGAGACAAACGUUAAUUGACAUAUGUCAUGACAUAUCCUCAUAUUGAUAACAUAACCACAAAAUGGUUGAUUUAAAAAAAGAUUUAGAUGAGUAUUUAUUGUUACAAAGUGAUCAAAAAAAGUCUUUUAAAUUACAAAUACCAACAGUACAAACUCCUAAAAUUAUAAACUGGUUUAAAAGAGAUCAGCCCAAUGAGGAAGAUUCGUGGUAUCAGGAUACGAAAAAGCAGUGUUGUCCAAAACUUUCGAGAUUUCAACGAAUAACCGGAUUUAUAAUUUGCUUAUUUAUGGGCAUCUUAUGUUUUUCAUUGUCUGCAAUUUACAUUCCAAUUUUAUUAUUAAAAGCAAGGAAGUUCUCUUUACUCUUCACAUUAGGAAGUUUAUUUUUUAUUUUAAGUUUUUCAUUUUUAUGGGGCCCCAUUGCUCAUCUAAAGCAUAUGUUCUCUAGGGAACGUAUUUACUCUACAGUAGCAUACAAUAUUACACUAUUUGGGACGCUAUAUUGUGCUUUACAUUUGCAGAGUACACCAUUUACUGUACUUUUUGCAAUAGCACAAAUAGUUACUCUUUUAUGGACUGUUAUAUCUAGUGUUCCUGGAGGUUCCACAGGAAUUAGUUUCUUUGGUAGAAUGUUUACUAAAAGUGUGAGCAGUUCAUUGCCUGUGUGAGGUAACUGUUAAGUGAUAUAUCAUUCUGUGUGUAAUUUUACCAUGUAAAUAUUUAUUAUAUUUUAUAACUUAUUCAUCAUUGGAUCCUACAAUUUUAAUCUGAACUUACUUAUCUUAAGAAAAAUAAUUGUGGAAACCUAUUGUACAUAUUAUAUAUAUAUACGUACA